GCCACAGACUGCUUUGAAACUCGUCAAUCUUACAACCUUUUUACUUCUAGUUCCUCUUUCUCUCUCAAACCAUCACCUUCUUUAUUCUGCACGCGUUCUUCAGGAUUAGGAAUUGCCCUGGCUCCCAGCGUUAAGAUUUAAACUUCAGGAUAUGCAAAUGUCUCGACCGCGACCUCUUAUAUCCUUGAAUUUGGAGGCACCAAUACGCUCAAAUAACUCGUCUGACGAUCAUGAAAUUCCAAGGAAGACUUGGCUGCAGUAUCUGCCACUGGCUUUUCUUGUUUUUCUAAUGUUGCUUCCGCAUCCUUCUUUCUUGAUUAUCCUCGUCAAUCACUAUAUCCGUACAUUACACAAGCCCGUCGUCUUCAUCGUACAUCUUCUAAUAACAUAUGCAAUAACAUUCCUGGCCUUCUCCUCACUCAUCGUUUGCGUCGCCAGAGAUCCUGGCCCAGUGUCUUCCCAAAAAUCGGAUGCUGAUGCAGGUAGUGAAGAUGGCGAGAUGGGUCUUACAGAGGCACUCAUGUCAGGCGUUGGAGAUGAUGACAUGUCGCCUUCGAAAUGGUGCCGCAAAUGCUGGGCACCUAGGCCCGAUCGUGCACAUCACUGUAGCAUAUGUGACCGGUGUGUUUUGAAAAUGGAUCAUCACUGCCCCUGGCUCGGGUCAAAAUGCGUCGGCCAUAGAACAUACCCUGCCUUCCUUCAUUUUAUAUUUUCCGUCACUGCCCUUGCUACUUAUAUUGGCACCGUUUCUGGCUUUGCCUUUUGGUUCUCGAUUAACAAUCCGUUUUCAAUAGAUGCGGUCACUCCUAUACAUGAACUGUUUAUGACAUUUGCUGGUGUUGCCAUCUCUCUUGUAAUGGGGUCAUUCCUUGUCUACCACAUGUAUCUUGUCUCGACCAAUCAAACAACGCUAGAAAGCAUGUCGCCAUUCGUCCUUCUUCGGCAUCUCCCUCCCCUUCCUGCUUCACUACGCUUGUCUGAACCGCCGUUAGAGCAUGAAUUGUCUUACAAUCAACGUAAACUUGUAAAAAGUGCUCACAAAUCGGUCCGUCUUUACGAUGUCGGUUGGAAGCAAAACUGGGCACAAGUAUUUGGGUGGAAGAAACCGUGGGGUUGGGUACAUCGAGUUUUCAAUGGCGGCGGAGGGAAAGGAGAUGGUCGGACGUUUCUUCGCAAUCCUAAAGCUGAUGAUAUGUUGUCCCGACUUGCUAUGGAACUCGCCAAAGUAGAUAAGGAUAUCUAACCAAUCCUAUGGACUAUUCGUCAUUGUACUGCGAAUUCUGGUCAUACUAAUUGCAUUAUUUGAUACCAUUAA